AUGGCUGAAGUGGCUGAAGCUGAAAAGACUCAACUACAACCUCCCUUCUCGCGGUCUCUGCACGAUUCCAGAAAGCAAGAGACCGGAGGAAAUAGUCCUCCACCGAAAGAUGGCAGCGUCACUGAAACCACCGACCGCAGUCAAGAUGUGCUGCUGACGCUACCAACCAUCUCUCGCACAGCAGACCACCUUGUCUUCCUCGUGCAAGACGACAUCCAAACCUUCCUCAGCAUGGAUCUGGAUCUCUCACGAGUCAACAUCAUCCACAAUCUGCUCUGGAUGGCCGGCCGACCGAUGAACGCGCGGCCCCUCCUGCGCCAGAAAAUGAUGGGCUUCGAGAUCAUCCCAACCGAGCGCGCAGACCUGCACCUCCUAAGAUUCUCCACCCAGCUGCUCGUCAAACCUCUGCCAGAGUACAUCCUGGACCACGACUUCUGGACACGCCAUCUCUGCUCAUCACGGACACUGCACGAAUCCGCAACCGGCCUCCUCCUCUCGUACAUGUGGCUGAUCUGCACCCCGCUGGACCUGCAGCUCGCACACGACCACAGCCUCAUCCCCAAAGAUCUCACCUGGCCCUGGUGGAAGGCCUUCAUCACCGAGUUCUACGCGCACGUUGACGUCAACGCCCUUGACACAGUCAACAAGCGCUACCAGUUCGGCGAGCUGCGCCUCGGCCGCAUCAACACCAUCUAUCGCGUGCGGUUCUUCCUGUCGCAUUUCAUCCGCGGCUAUCUGUACGGGUAUAACCGGUACGUGGUGUUCUACGAGCGCAACUUUGCCUGGAUGUUGAUGAUUUUCGCGGUUUUCUCGCUGGUGUUGUCCGCUAUGCAGGUGGCCGCGGAUGUGCCGCGGUUGAAUGGCAACGCGGCCUUCCAGGAUACGACGUAUGGGUUUGUGAUUCUGUCGAUUGUGGUGGUCGCCGUCUUUCUGGGCGUGUUGGGGAUGUUGUUCAGUGGGAUUUAUGUGUUUAAUAUGUUUGCGGCUAUCUCUCAGUGUCGGCGGGAGAGGAGAAAGAGGGAGAAGCUUGCGAGAGAGCGGAUACGGGGGGAGAGGAUACAGCGUACCUAG